CUCUACAGUAUCAUUUAUAGUGGAAACGUAAAACUGCACCCUCCAUUCAAAAAUCUCUGCUCCUAGAGUGAUUUGCGGGACAGGGCAUUCACGCGGCUUUUUUCUCUCCCUUUAUGUAACUGUAAUGGUGAGACGAGGGAAAACAAGAUUUUUCUAAGAAGCAAUGGCGGUUUUAGCUCAUUUUCAGAAGCUCCACUUCUCCCCCGUCUCUUUCCUGCCAUUUCAACUUUACCUUCUGCUCCAAGCUCUACCCACUCUCUACCCUAAGCAAGCCCUAAUACGCCCUAUCCGCCGCCGAGCCCAUCCAGGUGAAUCAACUUCUCGAACCGCCGUCACCAGCAGAAGCCCAAUUAUUGAUUCCACUCGAGAAGCUGUUCAUCCCGCCAGAGACACAAGUCCCGCACGAGGACCCAACCACAAGGUUUCUCAAGGGCUCAAACAUAGUGCUGAGCAAGUACGCUCAGGUGUGCAGGCUAAGUUUGUGAAGAGCAGCGUGAGGACCGAGGAUUGCCUCUCCGAUGGUUCCCCGGAGUUCGCCCUCGUCGGGAAAUCUUUUUGCCCCCAAUGAAUAUCGGGAAAUCUUCUCUUCUCAAUUCGCUGGUCAGAAGGAAGAAGCGAGAAGCUCGCCCUCACUUCUAAGAAACCUGGUACAUAAUG